AAUUAUUAUUUUUCAGUAUUUGGCAUAGACUAUUACAAGAUAGAAUAUAGCUGUAAGCAGCCAUGGUGGUGCUCAAGCCUUAUUGCACCACAGCGCCAACUUCAGUACACCAGACCAUGCCUGCCAAUUAUCACAACUCAACAUCCAGCAGACCAGACCAUGCCUGCCAUAACAUCACAACAUCCACCUGACCAUGUGGUAUGCUUCUGGUGGAUUUGGGACCAUUUUUAGUGACGUCGACUACUUCUCUAAGUAGAAGUGCUGUGAAGUGUAGAGGUCUUCUCAUGUAAAUGCUAAAUAAAUCCGUAUCCACACAGGAGAGAGGGGUCCGUCACAUUUUAAAAGUUGUAUGUAUUAUUAUCAUAGUAAGAGAGAGGUGAGCAUGUGCCACACAUCUAAUGAGGGGCUGAAUCAAACAUAUGUCUAGCAAUGGGAAAUAUCACUUAAAUGUAUUAUGUUUAGAUGACAAAAUGUUGGAAUCGAUAUACAGUGGGGCAAAGUAUUUAGUCAGCCACCAAUUGUGCAAGUUCUCCCACUUAAAAAGAUGAGGCCUGUAAUGUUCAUCAUAGGUACACUUCAACUAUGACAAAAUGAGAAGGAAAAAAAUCCAGAAAAUCACAUUGUAGGAUUUUUAAUGAAUUUAUUUGCAAAUUAUGGUGGAAAAUAAGUAUUUGGUCACCUACAAACAAGCAAGAUUUCUGGCUUAGAUGACAAAAUGUUGGAAUCGAUAUAUAUGGAUGCUCUUGAUCGACUUUAUCGGUACCUCUAACUCAUCCCUAGGAGAGAGGGUGAGCCACGUCUGUCAUCAGUGUGGGAAGACUUUCACCAGUCUGGGAGGGCUGAAGAAACACCAGAUGACCCACACAGGAGAGAAGCCGUUCCAGUGUUCUGAGUGUGGGAAAGGUUUCACUGCGCAGGGUAACCUCAAGAUCCACCAGCUCAUCCACACAGGGGAGAAACCGUACCAGUGCUCCCAGUGUCAGAAAAGCUUCUCCCGGCUGGCCCACUAUAAAGACCACCAGCAGACUCACCGGGAGGAGAAACCGUACCACUGCAAUGACUGUGGGAAAAGCUUCUCCUACUUCAAGUCGCUCAAGUGCCACCAGAUGAUCCACAAAGGGGAGAACCUCCACCACUGCUCCGUAUGUGGUAAAGGGUUCGCCAUCCGCGGCAACCUGAAGACCCAUCUGCAGACACACACCAAGGAGAAACCACACCAAUGCUCAGAGUGCGGGAAACGGUUCUCCCGAGCCCACGACCUGAAGAAACACAAGCUGCUCCACACGGGGCAGAAGACCUACCACAUUUGCCAGUGUGGCAAGAGCUUCACGGAGCUGGGAACCUGCGGACCCACCAGAGAACCCACACCGGAGAGAAACCAUUCUGCUGUUCCUUCUGCGGCCGAACCUUCUUGCGUGCUGGAGACCUGAAGAGCCACCAGCGGACACACACCGGAGAGAAACCUUUCAUCUGCGCCAUAUGUGGGACCAGUUUCGCCCAAUCUGGCAACCUAAAAGUGCAUCAGAUCACACACACUAAAGAGAGGCCGUACCCUUGUACUGUCUGUGAUAAGGGGUUCACCACACCGGGGAGUCUGAAGCUACACAUGAGGACACACACCGGGGAGCGGCCUUUCCUGUGUAGCGCAUGUGGGAAAGGGUUCACGGCGUCAGGGCAGCUGAAGAGGCACCAAGAGUGUCACAUGAGAGACACUGUCCAAUCAUCUCCUAGUGAAGACACGGCGGUGGCUUCAAAAUAAUAGUCCUCUCUAAGCGGACUACAAAAUAAGAGUACUGGAAACGUGCCAAUGUGUGUCUGAACUGUGAUCAUGAUGGGAGGUUUUAUUGCUUCAUGAUGUCCCUAAUGGGACACCAUUCACUAUGGGCUCUGGUCAAACAAGACACCAUUCACUGUGGGCUCUGGUCAAACAAGACACCAUUCACUGUGGGCUCUGGUCAAAUGGGACACCAUUCACUGUGGGCUCUGGUCAAAUGGGACACCAUUCACUCUGGGCUCUGGUCAAAUGGGACACCAUUCACUCUGGGCUCUGGUCAAAUGGGACACCAUUCACUCUGGGCUCUGGUCAAAUGAGACACCACUCACUAUGGGCUCUGGUCAAAUGAGACACCAUUCACUAUGGGCUCUGGUCAAAUGGGACACCAUUCACUAUGGGCUCUGGUCAAAUGGGACACCAUUCACUCUGGGCUCUGGUCAAAUGAGACGCCAUUCACUAUGGGCUCUGGUCAAAUGGGACACCAUUCACUCUGGACUCUGGUCAAAUGGGACACCAUUCACUCUGGGCUCUGGUCAAAUGGGACACCAUUCAGGACCUACACUAGUCCUCCCUUUUGCAGAACGUCAGUUGUUUACUCUGUGAGCUCAAAUAUGAGCUUUUUAAAGUGUCAGAAUGUGAUGUUUGACAAGAAAUUGUUAAUCUGAGUCCUGAAUGACACCCAAUUUAGUGCACUACGUUUGACCAGGGCUUAUAGGGUUCUGGCUAAAAGUAGUGCACUAUAUAAUAGGGAAUAGGGUGCCAUUUGGGACCCUGAUCUGAAUGGUAAAAUGUCAUCCAUCCAUUUAGAAUGUGCACAAUCUGAUAUUGAUCAUAUAACAUGAUUCCCAAAUGGCAUCCUAUUCCCUAUAUAGUGCUCUAAUGUUGAUCAGAGCCUAUAGUAGUGCACUAUAUAAGGAAUAGGGUGCCAUUAGGGACACAAAACAGUGUAUAGUAUACUACAGUACUAAUGAACACAGUCUCUGGUAAACACAGUUUACUGAUUUUGUAUUUUUUAUUAUCUGAGUAUUGAUCUGAUUUUAAUAAAUAAACUAUUCUACUAAUG